GGGGAAGGGGGGAGGAGGAGAGGAAACAAAAACAAUCGUCCGGGCGCCGCCAUCUUGGGUCCGUUCUCCACGCCACACAAGUGAAUGGGUAGAUAUGAAAUUACCACAGGGGAGCAGCAACGGCAGCAGGGUACGGAGGGCUGUUCCGAGCUGCCGGCGGGACUCGGGAGACUCUAGAGACGGCUCCUGCCGUCGUCGCCGCCCAGAGAAAAUCCGCGGGCUCGGCCUUUUCUCCUCGCCAACCCCUAAACUGCACUCCUGGAGGGACAAAGUUGGUUUCAGCCGCGCUGCCUCCGCCGCCCGGGAGACGACAGAGUUGUGUUCAGCAGCGGCUUCCUCGGAGCCGGGAGUGAGUCGGGGUCAGAGUUAGGGGCGAGGGUGACGAGGGGAUUCCUCCCCCCUCCACCCUUUGGCCGGGACUCGCCGUGUGGGAGGCACGCGGAGAAGGCAGCGGGAGUCCAGCAGCAGGCUUCGCCUUCCCACCCCUGCUAUUCCUUAUCCAUUUCGCCUCAAAGGAAGAGGAAAAGGAAAAAAAAAAAAAAAGGAGCCAAGAAGGGGAUUGAAUGGGGGACGGCGGCCAUCUGGGGUCUGCGUUUGAGCAGCAGCAGCGGGGCGGGCGGAGGUGCGGCGAGAGGGAAAUGUGUCGGUGAGGAGUUGGGAGAGGAGCUUGCAUCCAGCUGAAGAGUCUCCAGCAGCAGCCUGCUCCGCGGGAGAGAGGAGUCAGCAGCGCUGCUGCCCGCCGAGCCAGCGCCGGGGGAAGAGACCCUCCGCAUCCUCCCCGCUGCCUCGCUCACCUCCGCGCUCCCGAAGGAGCUGAAAUCUCCUAGAAGCGGGGAAUCGAGGAAGGAUUUGCCACAAAGAAUCUUAUCACCCUCCUCCCCAGCGGCUGGAUACUGAAUUUAAAAAAAAAAAUCUUUUCAGUCACUCUUCAGUGUUUAAAUACCAAAUAUAGUCUCUUGGGGGGGGGGGGGGGUUGGGAGGGGGAGGGGAUGGAAAUCUCUUAGAAGAAUUGGGAAUCUUGCUGGGAUUCGGGAGUGCUGGUGUUCCACGGCUCGGGAGAAGGACCGCGGAGGGGAGAUGAGCGGCUCUCGCUGACUGGCAGAAGGACUAGAAGAGAUUUGCCACUUCGCAGCGAGCCCCAAGGUUUGCUUGGUACCAAACUGUUGUUUCUCCCCGAUUCGUCUUCUGGUUAAACGCUAAAUCCUGCAGCAUUAAAAGAAAACCCAAGUGUUGCCCACGUGUAGCUGGUGGCUCGCUGUUCUGUGGUUUGGGGUUUUGCCCUUUUUUUUUUUAAGGUAGGGUUUGUUUUUUUUUCCUCAAGAAACUGACAAAACUUCCUCCCUUCACCCGGAGGCUUGUGAGGUCUAGAACUGGAAUGGAGCUACCUCGGUCCCAAACACUACAUGUUGUCUGAAGGGAGCCAGGACGAAAACAUCGUGUUUGCUGAUCGUGAUACGACUCCCCACCACUUGGGCACCCACCGCGGGUGAUGCUUCACGGAUCUUGAUGUAGAAAAGUGAAGUCGUGGAGAGUGCUCAGAGACUUCAUCGUGUCCAGCAGCUUAAUUGUUGACUUUUUCCAUUAUCCUUAUUUUUGUGGUUUAUUUUUUUUUCCAAGUGGAUUCCUAGUGUACUUCUAUGAAUUAAAUUUUGCCACCGUUUGUACAGAAGCCAAAUGACACGUGUGUUUUGAAACACGGUUCCAAAUAUAUCCAUCCCUCAACCCGGAUUCUUGCUAGGAAGAGUCGGAGGGAGCUCGCCAGAGUCUAAAGAAAUCUGAUUUUACUCUUUUCUGAACACUUUACCUGCCGCAGAAAUGUUGCAAUAGAUUGCUUUAUAGCGGUUCAGCAAGAAGGGAGGUUUUUCCAGCUUGCAGGACCUAGGAAACUGGAUACUUAGUCACUUAAAUGUUUUAACAGCGUUGGAAAAUGGGAGCUGCUACUAAGUUGGCGUUCGCUGUUUUUCUUAUCUCUUGCUCGUCAGGUGCCAUACUUGGCAGAUCAGAAACACAGGAGUGCAUCUACUACAACGCUAACUGGGAGAAGGAUAAAACAAACCGCAGCGGAAUCGAGCCUUGCUACGGUGAUAAAGAUAAAAGACGACACUGUUUUGCUACGUGGAAGAACAUUUCUGGAUCAAUUGAAAUUGUGAAGCAAGGUUGCUGGCUGGAUGACAUCAAUUGUUAUGACAGAAAUGACUGCAUAGAGAAAAAGGACAGCCCUGAAGUCUUCUUCUGUUGUUGUGAAGGCAACAUGUGCAAUGAACGCUUCUUCUACUUUCCAGAGAUGGAGGUCACACAACCAACUUCCAACCCUGUUACACCUAAGCCACCUCUGUUCAAUACUUUGCUGUAUUCAUUGGUGCCUAUAAUGGGAAUCGCAGUGAUCGUGCUCUUCUCCUUUUGGAUGUACAGACACCACAAGCUGGCUUAUCCUCCAGUACUUGUUCCAACCCAACACGCCUUUCAUAUAAUGAUUGAGGAUCCUGGACCACCCCCACCUUCACCUCUGAUGGGUUUGAAGCCGUUGCAGUUACUAGAGAUGAAAGCCAGGGGAAGAUUUGGUUGUGUAUGGAAAGCUCAGCUACUAAAUGAGUAUGUGGCAGUCAAAAUAUUCCCCAUUCAGGACAAGCAAUCAUGGCAGAACGAAUACGAAAUUUACAGCUUGCCUGGCAUGAAGCACGACAACAUCCUGCAGUUCAUUGGGGCUGAGAAGCGAGGCACCAGCAUUGAUGUGGACCUCUGGUUAAUUACAGCCUUCCAUGAGAAGGGUUCCCUGACAGACUUCCUCAAGGCUAACGUGGUCUCCUGGAACGAGCUGUGUCACAUCGCCCAGACUAUGGCCCGAGGCUUGGCUUAUCUCCACGAGGACAUCCCAGGCCUGAAAGAUGGCCAUAAACCUGCCAUCUCACACAGGGACAUCAAAAGCAAGAAUGUGCUGCUGAAAAAUAACUUGACAGCCUGCAUUGCUGAUUUUGGGCUAGCUUUAAAGUUUGAGGCUGGAAAGUCUGCAGGGGAUACACAUGGACAGGUUGGCACACGUCGUUAUAUGGCUCCUGAGGUCCUGGAAGGUGCUAUCAACUUCCAAAGGGAUGCGUUCCUGAGGAUAGACAUGUAUGCCAUGGGACUGGUCCUCUGGGAGCUGGCCUCGCGCUGCACCGCCGCCGACGGCCCAGUAGAUGAGUACAUGCUGCCCUUCGAAGAGGAAAUCGGCCAGCAUCCCUCCCUGGAAGACAUGCAGGAGGUCGUAGUUCACAAAAAGAAGAGGCCUGUCCUCAGAGAGUGCUGGCAGAAACAUUCUGGCAUGGCCAUGCUGUGCGAGACCAUCGAGGAGUGCUGGGAUCACGACGCGGAGGCCCGGCUGUCGGCAGGCUGCGUGGAGGAGAGGAUCAUCCAGAUGCAAAAACUAACUAACAUUAUCACAACAGAGGACAUCGUGACUGUGGUCACCAUGGUGACAAACGUUGACUUUCCUCCCAAAGAAUCCAGUCUAUGAUAGUUGCACUGGGCACACCUCCCCGACCGCCAGGACUCUUCAGCGGAGCUGCUAAAGCCGGAGCGGGACUGCCGAGGGCAUUGCUGUGCGAGGAGAGGGGUAAGUCUCUCUGGAACAUCACCACCAGGUGUCGGUCCUUUUGGUUUUUAUCUCCUCCCUUUUCCUCCUGCUGACCGUGGGAUCCGUGAGAGACUUUGUGCAUUCCCUGCUUCCCCACCUGGAGGACACAGCGGGGCGCAGCAAGGCCAGCCGCGGUGCUGCUGGAGGAACCCGAACCGCCGCGGCACAGCCCUGGACAAACUGCUCGACUCCUGUCGGGAAGAGACUCGGUUCCUUACCACACAUGAACUUACUACUGUUAGGAUAUUCUUAGGGUUUUUUUUUUAAAUCAAAACAUUUCAUUUCAGAUUGAAAACAAAACACCAGGACAAAACAAAACAAAAAGCAAACCCACACCCAAGACAGACAGACAGACAAAAGGGUUCACUCGGUGUUUGUGGCGGUCGCUGUCCUUUCUACCCUGACUUAAGCCCAGGCUCUUUGCCAUGCCAAUAACGACACAGCUUGUGAAUGUGCAGUGUGCUGCUGUUGAGUGCAGACAGAGCAACACGAGGCAGCGAGUGUGGGACACUGGAGAGCGAAAAAAUAGAGGCUUCCAAGUAUUAACUCCAACCUCCCUCAACAAGGUAUACCUCAGUUCCAGCUCCGCCAGGCGAUGAGAUCCGACAACACUAACACCCUUGGGAUGAGAACCUCCCCACCCCACCCCCCCAAACCCCCUUGCCCCUUCCCUCGGGCCCUCUUGUUUUUGUAAAUGAUGUAUUUCCAAGUCACUGUGUUAUUUAAGAAGGGUAAGCUAUGCUUCAUGCCAACAGUAAAUGGCCAUUCCUAAAGCAGUGUUUUUAGCCUUUUCUUGUACUAGCUUGUUGUGUAUAAAAACAAAAAGAGAAAACAAAAAAAGUGCUGUUUAUGGAAAGGAAACAUUUUCUUCCCUCCCUUAGUUGAAAGCUUUUCUUUUCUCUCUCUUUUCCCCUCCAUGCCCUGGAAUAUCUCAUACAUUUAUUUAAUACUAUUUAGGUUUGCUGUGUCUGAGGAGUAUUUGAGAACUUAAGCAUGACUUUUUUUCCCCUUCCCACCCCCCCCCUUUUUUUUUUUCUGUGAGCUGUGACACUGGAGAGCUCUGAAUUCUGAUUCUUCUGUUUCCAGAAGUGUUGUUUGGUUUAUUUUCUUCCUCUCCCACUAUUUAUGUUUGUGACCAGCUCUGCCUAACGCCUUCUGUUCCGCUCCGCAGUGGGCUCUGUGUCACUGCUUCAGGAUCACCUCAGGAAGCUCAGUUACCCCCCUUCAGCUGCCUCUUCUCUCUGCUUUGAGACUUGCAACUUCACUCUGCUUACAGGUCGGUGCCAUCUUCUCAGAGUAACCUCUGUGACAGCUGGGUGCACCCCAAAUUGCAGCCACAGCUUUCAGACUCUAAAGGCUUACAAAUUUCAGGGAGAACUUAGGAUAUGCAACGACUUUGCAGAGGUGACAGACCUUGGGGCCACAGCACAGGCCCUCUGCCAAUGCAGGGGAGCAGGGAAGCUGCUUCCACAACUCCCAUCUGCUCCUAGAGCCCAGCAGGGCCCUCACACCUCAUCAGGCAGUGGCUGGCAGGCAGGUGCCCAAGUGCUGCUCAGAAGAGCUGGCUGGCUGCGGCCCUUCCCUCUGUGACACAAACCUCUUGAGUCAAGCUCAUGCUCCAGGCUUGGGGCUGCAGAGGGGACAGCAGCCAGGAGUGCUGCCUGCUCUGUCCUCAUCUGCUUUGCUUUUGCUUUGGAAAGAAGCUUUUAGGGGCUCGCUGUAGAUGUCAUCUUGGGAACUGAGCUGCUCCCAGCUCUGCACAGCAGUGAACUUCAGCUCUGGGAGCAGUAAGAGACCUUAGGGAUAAUCUAGGCUCGGGUCAGCAGAUUCCUGGCAGGGAGGAACAGAAGAGUUUAGCCAUGCUCUGUGUCUGUUGUGCUGUUCCUCAGGCUGCAGGUAGCCAGAACUGUGCUCCAAGAGGUCACUGGUGGUGUUGAGCUUGGCUGUUCCUCAGGCUGCAGGUAGCCAGAAGAAACUUUGCUCCAAGAGGUCAUUGGUGGUGUUCAGCUUGGCUGUAGAAAGGGAGCAAAUCUAGUUGGUGGUCACGUUCCUAGCUGACACUUCCCUCUUGCUGCCUUGAACCCAGGGAUGCUGCACACCCAGCAGGAGCUGAAGGUAGCUGCUGAGCUGUGAACAAGUUAAGAGUGAGUCUGUAGUCUGAAGCCCUCUGUGCUCCCCGUGAGUUUUAACCCCUUGAGUGGCAAAACCAGAGCCAAUACAGCUGGGCUCAGGAUCUGUGACUCAAGAUCUGGUGCAGAAUUUGGUUGUGUAUGAAAUGUGCAGCACCUGUGUCUGAGCUCAGCCUGCUGGGGCCUUGGGCUGCUGACAGACCUUGUUGCAGGCAGCUCCCUAAGGCUCCUGUCAGGAAAGCUGGGAUCACAGUUUUUUUUUAAACUGCCAGGGACUGUCUCUGAGUGUUUCACUCUUGUGCUGCUCCAAGUUCCCUGGUUUUUACUAGCGUGGUUCAGGGUCACUGUGAACAGGAUUUCACAGGAUAGAAGCUUUUUAAUUGGGAAAUAGGAGGGGCUGCUGGGGUCCAGCUCUUCUCAGAGAGCACUUGGAGUCCUGCUUCUGGUUUACUUCUAGAGCAUUAAUUAAGCCUGCAGGUUGAGGAGCCUGGGCCAGCAACACUUGGCAGAUGCAGAGGAGGGCAGGAUCAGUCAGACUGAUGCUAGUGGCCGUGCUUGAUUCAACUGACCAGCAGGCAGCGACCAUGGCCCCCCGUGCAUCCCGGAGCAGUGCAGCGCGCAGCUGUGAGCUCCAGAGCGUCACCCCUGAGGAGCAGCCACUCCCAUCUCUGCUCAAACCACGACCAGAGGACUGCUGAAGGAGCCCUUUCUCCGUCUGAGGUCAGAAGCCAUUUCCUGGGUGGUGUCAGAGGGUGUGAGGCUCCUCUUAUCUCCUCCUGCCUGGCUCUGUGCUCUUUGCUGCGCCCAUCGCAGCGUUUCACAGCAGCUGGAGCUGUCAAAGCAGUGCCAUCAGCCCUGCUGGCAUUGGGGCUGGCACCCCCCACCUGGUACCUCCUGGUUGAGAUUUUUAACUGGUGUAGCUUUCAGCCACCCUCUCUGAGCAUGCUAACUCCCAGCCAGCCAGCCACGAGCCUGAGGCACUUGGCUCACCAGACUGCUGCUCCUCCAGCUGCUCUCCUUCAACACCUUUCGCUUUCCUUAGGAACCCUUGGUACAAGGUGCAGAAAGCUGCAGUUAGACCUUCCUGGGCAAAGUAGCAUCCUUGGUGGGACAUGAUUUACCUCAGAUACUCAACCAGCAGUACUUCUUUUGGGUUGGUUUAUCUUUUUUUUUUGUUGGGGGUUGUUUCCCUUUUGAUUUCCCUUUGAUUUUCUUUCUUUUUUUGAUGCUGUUUCAGUCCACUCCCUCUGGGUUUACCUCUGGAGAUUUCUUUUUGUUGUCGUUGGUAAAGCAAUUCUUUGAACUUUACUCUUUGUAUUUGUCAGUGUUUUUGGGCACAGGUUGUUGUACUACUGUCAGAAGGUACUUGCUGGUUUUCUGCAAGUACCAAAAACAAACCAACCCCUCCUCCCCCUGCCCCCCUUUCCCCCCCAGCCCUCAAUAAAGUGAUUGUUAAAUAUUGUACAAAUACAAAUGUAUACUCUUUCUGCCCCCUUGCCCCCCAAAAAAAGGUAAAAUAAAAAAUGUGACUACUAA